CCAGGGAUGGUAGAAAUUCCAGGUAGGACAAGAUGCUGAAGAAGAUUCCCGUUGCAGUUUCCAGACCAUCUGUAUUUUCCCAGUUACUUUUUCUAAGCUGUUUGUUCUUGGCUCCGUCUCCUUUGUAAGAGUGUAACACAAACAGUUUUGCAACUGUUCAACUUCCUUUGCUUAAUUUGUUUGUUGAAACAAAGUUCAGAGGCAGUUUGAACUCAGCCUGAAAGGAAUUUGGUUUGGGUAGAGAAGAGGCAUUGAAAAAUCAAAUAAUGCUAAAUGGAAUACAUCAACAAUUCAGCAGACACAGAUUAUUACAAAUUUGAGUUUGUGUUCAACUAAUAAUAAUAAUAAUAGCUGUUAAAAUAUUGGUUGGGUUUUUUUUAUCCCCACUGGAUGGUUUGGGGUUUUUUUUACCCAAGUGGGUGAUUUCCAUCCUGGUAAGAAAACUGUUGUUCUAGGUUUACCUGCAGGUAAACCCAUUAUUUGUGAUUUUCCAUAAAGAUUGUUUGAAUUUUCUAAUUCAAGGCCUGAAUUUCUCUUCUCUUUUCAAAGCCAUGCUGACUGUGUCACAUGCUAACACAACAGGUCAAGAAAAAAGAGAAUUUUAGGGAAGAUAAGGAAGGAACUUUGCAGAUUUUCCUAUGGAGUUCAUGUAAAACUGAGAAGAAAGAUGAUUAGAAUUAAAGUAAAUGACUGCUUUGGCCAACUGGGUGUGGGAGUCAGCAUCUUCUGAGUCAGAGGCACGACCACAAAAUGCCUUAAAGCAAGAACAGGAAGUUUGUUGCACUCCAAGCAGAAGGGAGGCUGAAGGGUCUUGAGGAAAAAUAGUGGAGUCAGAACAGAAACUUCCAAGUGUUUUGAAGGCCUGUGUUGAAAAGAUGGGAAUGAGAGAAGCUGGGUUGGCGAAAGAAAGGAAUCCUGGAUGCAGUGAGAGCCAGGGUGGAUCACAGCCCCAGGGAGGUUUUCCAGGAAGAUGUAGGAACCCCUGGAAUGGCAGGAUUGCCCAGGGAAGCUGUGGCUGUCCCUGGAUCCCUGGAAUUGUCCCAGGCCAGGCUGGGGCAGCCUGGGACAGUGGAGGUGUCCCUGCCAUGGCACGGGUGGAGCUGGAUGUUCUUUAAGGUCCUUUCCAGCACAAACCAUUCUGACUUCUGUGAGGAUGAGUUAAGCAAUAAUGGAGUAUUUUCCCAGAUCAUUUCUAAAAUUCUUGGGACGGUUUGAAAUAGAGUCAAGACAGGACUUGGUGAGAAUAUCUUGGGUGUUUUUGCUGACACUGAGCCUUAAACCUCACAUGGAGGGAGCAGCUUGGGAUCCAAGAACCAGACCCCCAGAGCUCUGGGCUCAUGGACACUUCCCAGGCUCUGGAGAAGGAGGGAACUGUAGGAAAGAUGUAGGAGGAUGUGAAAGAAAGUACCAGUUCCACCAGGGAGUGCUGGGUAUGAACCCAAUUGUUGCAAAUGAAUGGUUGCAAUAAAAAUCAGAUCCUGUGGAUACAUCAGUGCAUUAAUACAGAGUUUCAAUUUCCAGUGUACCUCACCUUUCUGUCUACAGCUGUUUGCAGCCUGCCUGAAAGAAUUUUGGAAUGGCUUCCUUAUAACCUCCGGAUGGACUCCCACAAUUUCCAGCACAUUUUGUCCUGGCAGGCAGAGCAUGACCCAGCUGUGCCAGCAUCCUACAACGUGCUGUACACACACCACAGGAGCCAGGGCUGGAUGAGUGCUCAGCAGUGUUCAGGUACUACCCAGCUGUCCUGUGAGCUGACAGAGGAUUUCAGGAACAUAUCCAAUGAAUAUUCUGCAUUUGUUCAGAGCAUUAGAGGAGCUCAGGUGCUCAAUUCUUCUGUGCUGCGUUUUGUACCAUUCAGUCAGACAAUUCUGGGACCACCAGAAGUGAGUAUCACUUCCUGUCCAAACUGCAUCAACAUCACCAUAAAGCUGCCAACCUCUCACUUCAGAAACAAGGGAAAGCUGCUGUCUUUAAUUAAUAUCUAUGAAGAGCUGGAUUAUAUCAUCACACUGAAAUCACAGGAUGGAGAGCAUAAGAGGCCACGGCAGAGAACCACGGAAGAAAUGUUCAGUACUGUCAUUGGAGACUUGUAUCCCAGCAGGAAUUACUGCGUGUCCGUGGCAAUCACUGCAUCCCUGAACAAAAAUGCCAUGCCCUCCCCCUGGAAAUGUGUCACUGCAGACUCAGAGGCUCAGAGACAAGGUUACCAUGCAGUUGCAGUGGCAGGUGCUGUCUGUGUUUCUCUGAUAAUUGCUGUAGUCCUGAGGUGUGUGCAUGCAGCAGGUUUUGUUCUCCUGAAGAUUUCCCUCCCUCAGACCUUGGCGUACAUCAGGAAGUUGGCCUACUCCCCUUGGGUGUCUGAGCCAGAAAACCUGGCCUCUGUGGAGAUCAUCCCCAGAGAGGUGAAAAGCAAGGCCAGGGGCUGCAGAGGCAGUGCCAGUGAUGACAGUGACAGCAGUGACAGUGACAGCAGUGCCCUGAGUGACCACGACUACACCAGACGUGCAGGGCCGGGCAGGGACCUUGUCCCCCGGGGCCGUGCCACCCCCAGCGCCCUGGUGCAGUACUCGGUGAACAGCACCUGUGAGCACAGCAGCAGCCAGGCUGGGGACACGCCAGCUGCCGAGCCACAGGGCUGCCAGGGACACGAGUGCCAGGGACACGGGGGGGACCCUGAAGGAGAUGGAGACACGAGGAGCGAGUUGCUGAGCCCUCUGUCUGAGGGCAGCACUGAGUGCUUCACCAUCGGCUUGCACACGGUGCUGCUGGGAGCCCUGGAGCAGGACGGGCAGGGCUCUGCAGCUGCUGCCCCAGCUCAGGAAGAUGCAGGGGGCUGGCACUGUGCUCCUGCUCUGCAAGAAAAUCUGCUGGAGGACGCGGGAUGUGUGCGGGAGCUGCCUUGUUCUAAUGAUUUCCAUGAGUGGCAAAACUCUUCUUCUGAGGAAAGUGAUUCCUUGGACUCGGACACAGAGCAUGUAACGGGGUACAUGAGGAGAUGAAGGGAGAACUGCUUUUACUUCUAACAGGAACCAGUAUUGUCUAACUUGUGUUUCUACACUGAGCACACAGAUCUUGUCUUUUCAUUAACACCCUGUGAGCGUGGCUCCUACAGAAGAGCUGGGGGUAUUUGUCUGGGGAAGGAUCCAGAGAGCCCCUUCCCUUCCUCCAAAGGAGGCUUUGGACCAGGGAUGGAGGGACAGGACGAGAGGGAAUGGCUUCAAACUGAUAGUUUUGGAAUAGAAGUUGUUCCCUGUGAGGGUGGGAAAGAGACAAUUUCGAAGAGAUGGAGGGACAGGACACAGGGAAUGGCUUCCCACUGCCAGAGGGCAGGGCUGGAUGGGAUCUUGGGAAUUAGCAAUUGUUCCCUGGCAGGGUGGCCCAGGGUGGAAUUCCCAGAGCAGCUGUGGCUGCCCCUGGAUCCCUGGCAGUGCCCAAGGCCAGGUUGGACACUGGGGUUGGGAACAGCCUGGGACAGUGGGAGGCUGUCUCUCAACCAGACCACUUUUUUCAGUUUUUUUUAUUCUUUAUCUCUGUGAGUGAAUUUUUGUGGACCCUAUUCUGGUGGCUGGAAGCGUAUUUGUACAGAGAAAGCUGAUCAGGUGCAAUAAUGGAGGUAGAGACAGGAACGCUCAGCUGACAAAAGACUGGACUCUUAAGAGGCAUUAAUACACUUUAUUACUUUAUUUUUGUAUAAUUUUGUACAAUUAGCAAUUCCUAUUAAAUAUCUUUAUGACAUUU